CCUUUAAAUCCCAGCUCAGGAGGCAGAGACAGGUGGAUCUCUAUGAGUUCAAGGACAGCCUGGUCUACAGAGCUAGUUCUAGGACAGCCAGAGCUAUACAGAGAAACCCUCAACCAGGGUUUUUCAAAAGAAAAGGAAAAAAGCAUCAUUCCCCACCCCCCCACCCCUCAUUAAAUUCCCAGAAUCCACUCCAACCUCUCUAAUACCAGCACUCCUCCCUGCUGAGAGAUGGAGACAGGCGAAUCCCUGCAAGUUUAAAGUCCACCUACUCUGGUUUAUAUGGUGAAAAAAUAACAGACUCUGUCCUAAGCAAGGUAGGAGGCCAGCAGUUUUGGUUACCCCAGACCUUUAAUCCCAGCACUCAGGAGGCAGAAGCAGGUGGAUCUCUUGGGAUCCAGGCAGUCUCAAAACAAAACAUGCUAAGUCAAGGGUCAACACUUGAGGCUACUGUCCUCUGACCUAUUCAAACACAGUGGCACUCCUGUGCCUGCACUCAUAUCCUACACAGAAACAAAACCACCAAAAAAGUUCAAAAUAAAACCGAAAUCUAAAGGCUGCUGAUAAAGCUAUAUAAUACAUGAAGCAAGAGCCAGGCCCUGGGAUCAAGCCUGAAAAACACCGAAGAAUCCCACUAGGUGAUUUGUGUAAUUGGGUCCUUCCACAUGCAGUCUGACUUGACAGAAGUAGUUAUGCACACAUGCAUGUUUUCCCAUCUCAGUAAAUAACUACAGAACCAUUCUUCAGGAGUGCAUUAUGGGGCUGACGCAGUGUACAAAAACACUUUGAUGUUGGGAGUGUGGGGAGCAGAAAGCAGGGAAUUGAUAAAGAGCUUCUGUUGUGUGCCUGAGGCCCUGAAUUCCAUCUCCAGCAGAAACAAAAUCCACACUCAGUUCUAAGUUAUAGCGCUUAAUCCUUGGGCUUCGUGCUGGGUGGAAUCGACUCCAAGGGACUGUAGUACUUUCCUCUACCAGCAUCCCCGUCCUGGCUGCUCAGACUGUCAGAAGGGCUGUGUGUAAGCUAUUGGCCAGCCUCCUGGGCCCAGGAAUGCUGCCCUGCCUUUAAUAGCUGUGUGAACAGUCCUUCUAUGGGCAACAGGCAGUUGCCUGGGUACCUGCAUGUUUUCUUCCUUAGAACCUGUGCUUCCCAUGCUGACCCUGAAAUUUAGACCAGAUGCAUUUUCAGGGAAAAGGCGGUGAGGUUCCUUGAGUGGAAGAGAACGCUUGAAAUGUUUUAGAAAUGGAAUAAAGCUAAAUGUCUCCUGCCAAGACUGUGUCAACCUAGCAGCCAGGAAUGACAGAGGGCCCUUGGCGUCCCCUGCGGUCCAGUGGGCAGGGUCUGAGGCUGGAAGGCUUUCAAAAAAUGAGGUGGGGGACAGUUAACUAUCAAACACCCAUAUUUUUCUCUCUACACUUGCCUGAAACUAAGCAAAGCAAAACCCAAAUAUGGCUUCCAAGUGGGGCUCCUUUUCUGAGUUGUGUUUGCGUACAUACAGACAAACAAACAGUCCCCAUGGCAUCACCACUCAAGCAACUGUGACUGCUGAAUGGCUCUCUCCCCAGCUUUUUUAAGGCGCUCCCCGGACGGACCUCCAGCUGCAGCCAUUUGGCCACCCGAAAGCCUGAGCCCCAGCCGACCUGCCCCAACCCCUUGCGAGUUUCCUGACUCGGAAAGUAAAGCUACAGCUUCCAGGCUGACUAAACUUGUCUGCUAAUGCGCGUGACACUUAGGCAUGAACACAGUGGAGCGCGUUCCUGGAAUCUGGCCUGGUUUCGCUUAAACGCACCAAGAAUUAAAAAAAAAAAAAAGACAAUGAAAACCCUUACACUCGUUCGUGCUUUGGUGCUGAAUUUUGAAAAUACCACUGUUUGAAAGCUGAUGGGGUGGAGUGCUUUAGUUUCACUGAAGUCAGUGAAACUAAAACGGUCAUCGCAUUCAGAUGUCCUGAGGUUUACUGGAACGCACUAGGGAAUCUGGGACCAAAGGAGUGACUGCGGCUUUGGGCGCCGAUCUCGCCUCCGGGAGCCUCGCUGGGUAAACCGCUGUGUUGGAGUGUUAGCCCUCCCCGGCCGUUCCCAGCUGAGCGUCAGCUGGAGGCGGUUGGAAGCCCCGGAAGGGCGGCAAGGGAACGGCGUAGGCGGUGGUGACUCAGCCUAUAGCGCUGGAGACGGACGGGUUAAGUGGGCGUGGCCAGCACCGCCCCGCCCCCAUAGGCCCCGCCCGCGGAGGCCUGAGCCGGCCUGCGUAUUUAUAGAGGCGGUGCCCCGCGCGCCGGGGCGUCCCCGUGCCCAGCAGCCCCGCGUCAUGGAGCGGCCGGCGCCCUUGGCCGUGCUGCCCUUCUCCGAUCCCGCGCACGCCCUGAGCCUGCUGCGCGGCUUGAGCCAGCUGCGCGCUGAGCGCAAGUUCCUGGACGUGACCCUGGAGGCGGCGGGCGGCCGCGACUUCCCCGCGCACCGCGCUGUGCUGGCGGCCGCUAGCCCCUACUUCCGCGCCAUGUUCGCGGGCCAGCUGCGCGAGAGCCGCGCCGAGCGCGUGCGCCUGCACGGGGUGCCGCCCGACAUGCUGCAGCUGCUCCUGGACUUCAGCUACACCGGCCGAGUGGCCGUGAGUGGCGACAACGCCGAGCCGCUGCUGCGCGCCGCCGACCUGCUGCAGUUCCCCGCCGUGAAGGAGGCGUGCGGCGCCUUCCUGCAGCAGCAGCUCGACCUGGCCAACUGCCUGGACAUGCAGGACUUCGCCGAGGCCUUCAGCUGCUCUGGGCUAGCGAGCGCGGCGCAGCGCUUCAUCCUGCGCCACGUGGGCGAACUGGGCGCCGAGCAGCUGGAGAGGCUGCCGCUGGCGCGCCUGCUGCGCUACCUGCGCGACGACGGGCUGUGCGUGCCCAAAGAGGAGGCGGCCUACCAGCUGGCGCUGCGCUGGGUGCGCGCGGACCCGCCGCGCCGGGCGGCGCACUGGCCGCAGCUGCUGGAGGCUGUGCGCCUGCCCUUCGUGCGCCGCUUCUACCUGCUGGCACACGUAGAGGCCGAGCCGCUGGUGGCGCGCUGCCCGCCUUGCCUGCGUCUGCUGCGCGAGGCCCGCGACUUCCAGGCGGCGCGCUACGACCGGCACGACCGCGGGCCCUGUCCCCGCAUGCGUCCGCGCCCAUCCACCGGCCUGGCGGAGAUCCUGGUGCUGGUGGGAGGCUGCGACCAGGACUGCGACGAGCUGGUGACCGUCGACUGCUACAAUCCGCAGACGGGCCAGUGGCGCUACUUGGCCGAGUUCCCCGACCACUUAGGAGGGGGCUACAGUAUCGUGGCGCUGGGCAACGACAUCUACGUGACGGGUGGGUCUGAUGGCUCCCGGCUCUAUGACUGCGUGUGGAGAUACAACUCAAGUGUGAACGAGUGGACGGAGGUGGCACCUAUGCUCAAGGCCCGAGAGUACCACAGCUCAUCUGUACUGGACGGGCUACUGUAUGUGGUGGCAGCUGACAGCACAGAGCGCUAUGACCAUGCCAGCGAUUCCUGGGAGGCCCUGCGGCCUAUGACCUACCCCAUGGACAACUGUUCUACUACUGCCUGCCGUGGCCGGCUCUACGCCAUUGGCUCCCUGGCAGGCAAGGAGACCAUGGUGAUACAGUGCUAUGACCCCGACACGGACCUGUGGUCACUGGUGGACUGUGGCCAGCUCCCACCAUGGUCCUUUGCACCCAAGACUGUGACUCUGAAUGGACUCAUGUACUUCGUCAGGGACGACUCUGCCGAGGUGGACGUGUACAACCCCACAGAGAAUGAAUGGGACAAGAUCCCGUCCAUGAAUCAGGUACAUGUCGGGGGCAGCCUGGCCGUCCUGGGAGGCAAGCUCUAUGUCUCCGGGGGAUAUGACAAUACCUUUGAACUCUCGGACGUGGUGGAGGCAUAUGACCCGGAGACCCGGGCAUGGAGUGUGGUAGGGCGGCUUCCAGAGCCCACCUUCUGGCAUGGCAGUGUGAGCAUCUUCCGCCAGUUCAUGCCACAGACACCAGCAGGGGGCCGUGGCUUUGAGCUGAACAGUGGCAGCAAUGACGUGGAUGCAGGCCACCACAGGCUGCCACAGAACCCUGAGGAGCUACACUAGUCCAGGCCUGGCCCAGGGGAGGGCCUUGGUGCAAGGGGCCUGGCGCCUGCAGAGGCUAGGAUGGGUCACCAAGCAGAGCAGUGGCGCAUGGGUGCUGAGUGAGCCCCUAGAUGCUUCGUGUGAAGGUUUCUGUGCAUUUGGAGCCUACGUCACAGCUUCUUGGGACAAAGCUGGUGGUGACCACUUAUGUGGUCAAGAACCCGUGGCUUCUCCACCAUCGAGUAUCUCAGCCUUCAGAAGUUACCUCCAGCUUAUACCAUCCAACUCACCAUGCGGUAUGCCUCUCCUUGCUGCCACCUCCUGGGCCUGCUUCCGCCCAGAGCAAAGAGUAAGGUUCCCUGUGAUAGUCAGAAAGUAGCCUGUCCCAGAGCAUUGGGAAUGCAGGAAGACAAAGGCUGCAACAGAGUGCUAAACUCCACACUUGGUACCAAAGAUCCCUGUAGCCAGUGCUGCAGGUAGAGGGGUGUCAGCCCACCUAGCUUCCCACCUCACCAAACAGGGUGGGCCUUCAGGAGUUGAGUCCUGAGCUGAGCUACUAAUCCACAGUAUGAGCCUGAAGGAGUCUGUUUCCGUAGUACCUGUUCUCACCUGGGAAGAAGGCCCUCCCUGGGGCUCUUUCCCAGGCCUACAGGAGAUGACCAGUGCCCACAACACUGGCUUGCUGUGGCUCCUCUGGAAUCUGACAGUUGGCCGAGAUGCUGGGCCUGGGAGUAGAGACGCCUGCUUCUAAAGAAAGCUGAGGGGGGUAGCCCCAGCCCUGGGCUUUAGGUUUGAAAUGCUUGUGGUUUGACCUGGAGAAGCAGAAAGUUGGUAGCAGUAAGACACAAGUUGGUUUUGUCUGACAAGAUGUACAAGCCAUCAUUGCUAGAAUUUCUCUGUCAUUGUUUGGAAAACCAGGAUUCCUAGGAUUUUAGGCCCAGGAGCAUGAGAGCCAGAGUACCUGAACCACAGCUUAGGGGAUCCCUGGGUUUCUGUGUGCCUUUGAGUGGUUUCAUGGGUUUUGGGGCUGGGACCCGUCAGUACCCAGUGGCCUCUGGCCACCUCUGAGUGGCUAUGGCAUGUUUCGACCCAGGUGCUGCCAGCCCAUCCCUCCGGGGCCUCUCCUCCCUCUUGGCCAAGUACACUCUUGCAGUGAGCCUUAAAGAGCUGCCUCCCAAGACCACUCAGAGGCGCCGAGUGCUCUGUGAGGUGCCUUGGCACAGCAGGGUGGGGGCCUGUGAAUCAGGUAUGAAGUUCGGUACAGGGGACAGCAUGCUGCCCUGUCCUUUUGGGACAGAGGAAGAGCUGUAUCGCUGUACUGCUGUGACCUGCAGUAGUUACUGCAUUAUAGUGCACAUUUGCAUAGGACCCUUCUGCUCACCUUGCUCCAGAAAUACUCAGGUUUCCAGGACCCCAUGAAGACUAACAGGGUAGGCACUCACUGUGGGCCAUUUCUCCCUGAGCUCCACUUGUGCCAUGGGCUCUGGGCUCUACCCUAGCACUUAACAUGUCUCUACACUAACAGGGAUUGAAGCUGGGACACCUAGGGAUGGGACUGUCCCUUGUCACAUGUAUAAAGCUUUUAUAUGUCAGGACAAAAUUAAGUUAUGAAAAGUUCUGUGCCUGAUUUUUGAUGCUGAUCUAUAAGGGAUUUCUUAUAUUUAUGACUUCAGAGACUUUUUUUUUUUUUUUUUUAAGAGACAGUGUUUCUCUGUGAAGCCUUGGCUAUCCUGGGCUCACUUUGUAGACCAGGCUGGCCUCAAACUCACAAGAUACACCCACCUCUGCAUCCCCAGAGUGCUGGGAUUGGGAUCACAGGCAUGCGCCACUAUGCCCAGCAACUUGGAGACUUAUGUAAUGAAGGUCUCCUUCUUUAGGUGACUAGCAUUCAGUCACCAGUGCCUGGGGCGGAUUUGUGUAUUUAUUUUUGUUUGUUCUGUAGGCUUCUAUGUCAAGCAUCCUAAGGUUUUAGGAUACUUGCCCACUUUUUGAAAUAAAAUGUUUCCUACAUA